AGCUCUCUGCUGUCCCAAACCUCAAAGUAACCAGUUUAAAAUAGUUAGGUCUAAUACCGCUUCAAAAAUGAAACGAUAUCAAUGUACUACGACAAAUAAAAAAUACGAGCCAAAUUGUUCCUCCGGAAGGAUUAGGAGGUUACACCGUUAAUGGAUUAGAGCUUGCCGUGUCUGGGUCGCUCUUUUGUUUACAUCAAUUUUCCAUUUAAUCUCAAACGCUCAGAGUCCAAUGGAACUCCAGAACAACAAGUGUGAAUAUGUGAUUGUAUUCAUGUGACCUGUGGAAGCAGAAGUAUUACCAGUCACUACAUCAGGGCAAGUUUGGAGUGAAAACAUGUUCACUGCUACCCAAAUGUCCAAAUCCCAGUUCCUGGAUAAAUCCAGGAUAGCACGGGAGGAAAGGAAAGGUCAUAAGGAGAAAGAGAGAGCUGCCACACAAAUCCAGGCUCUAGUCAGAAGAUUCCUCUGCCGUUGCAGACUGCAAAGAGAAAUCAGGAAAGAGGUUGAUGACUUCAUCGCAGCCAGCGAUGCAGGUUCAGCGAAAAGAAAUGCAUUAUCCAUCUUCAAAAUCGCUAGGAAAUUGUUAUUUAUAUUGAGCAAGGAUGAUAAAUUGAGGUUUGAGAAGCUGUGUCGAAUCAUAGUAAGUAGCAUGGAUGUCGAGAAUGAACCUAAAGUAUGGUAUGUAUCCCUGGCCCUUUCAAAAGAUCUCACCAUCCCCUGGCUGAAACAGAUUAAAGACGUGCUCUGGGUCUCUUGUGAAUUUCUGAAGAAACUGAAGCCUGACAUACUGCAAGAUAAUAAAUUGGUGACGCUGUACCUGACAAUGCUGAUAACCUUCACUGACACAUCGACAUGGAAAAUCAUCCGAGGGAAGGGAGAGGCCCUCAAGCCUGCUUUAAACAGAAUUUGUGAGAACAUCAUGGGACAUCUUAAUCAGAAGGGCUUCUACUCUGUUCUUCAGAUUCUACUUACAAAUGGACUGGCAAGAUCCAGACCUUCCCUUUCCAAAGGAACACUCACAGCCAUUUUUACGCUGUCACUCAGGCCUGUUAUCGCUGCACAUUUUUCAGACAACCUGCUGAGGUCUUUCCUUCUCCAUGUCAUGUCUGUUCCAGCAUUCAUCUCGCACCUCAACACGCUCACACCAGAUUGUAUGGUCACCAUCCAGACCCAUGACCUUUUCCGCAAGUUUGUCUUGUUUUUAAGUCGAGAGGAGCAAUGUUUGGAUAUCUGUGUUUGUCUGGAGGGAAGCCACACUCUGUGCUUACUGGGUAACCUCAUUCAGCUGGGAUACUUUAAUGUAAAAGUUCUAGAGCAGGAAGCUGGUCACUUUGUAAAGGAUCUGACAGAUAUGUUGUCAUACUGUCAGAGAUAUGUGUUUCAGAAGAAAUCCAAUCUCACACAUUGGCACCCAGUGUUGGGCUGGUUCUCCCAGACUGUUGACUAUGGGCUUAAUGAAUCUAUGCCGUUGGUAACAAAGCAGUUACAGUGUCUGUGGGGUGUUCCAGUGAUCUGCACUCUCUUCUGUGAUGUUCUCAGCAAAAAGCUAGAAACUCAAGAUCCCACUCCACCUCCCCCUCCUCAGCCAAGCUCAUUACAGAAUAAUCUGCCUGUCAAAAAUCUGUUCAAGCGAGCGUUCCAGAAGUCUGCAUCUGUGCGGAACAUCCUGAAACCGGUCGGAGGGAAGCGUGUGGACUCAGCUGAAGUCCAGAAGGUGUGCAGUAUUUGUGUGCUGUAUCAGACAGCCCUCACCACGCUCACGCAGAUCCGCCUGCAGAUUCUCACAGGACUGACAUAUCUGGAUGAGCUGCUGCCUAAGCUGUGGGCAUUUAUCUGUGAGCUUGGCCCUCAGGGGGGACUCCGACUCUUCCUUGAGUGUCUUAACAAUGACACCGAAGAGUCCAAACAGCUUCUGGCCAUGCUGAUGCUCUUCUGUGACUGCUCCAGACAUCUCAUUACGAUUCUGGAUGACAUAGAGGUGUAUGAGGAACAGAUUUCUUUUAAAAUGGAAGAGCUUGUUACCAUCUCCUCGUUCCUCAACACAUUUGUUUACAAGAUGAUGUGGGAUGGUAUUUUAGAGAAUGCCAAAGGAGAGAAGCUGGACUUAUUCCACAGUGUUCACGGCUGGCUGAUGGUUCUGUAUGAGCGGGACUGUCGCAGGAGAUUCACGCCUGAAGAUCACUGGCUCCGCAAGGACCUGAAGCCCAGCCUGUUGUUUCAAGAGCUGGAGAAAGGCAAAAAAAGAGCACAGCUGCUACUUCAGUACAUUCCUCAUGUCAUUCCACACAAAAAUAGGGUGCUGCUGUUCCGGAACAUUGUGACAAAAGAGAAGGAGACUCUAGGAUUGGUGGAAACAAGCUCUGCCUCUCCCCAUGUGACUCAUAUAACCAUUCGCCGCUCACGCAUGUUGGAGGAUGGUUAUGAUCAACUGCGGCGUCUACCUGUCAACUCCAUUAAGGGGGUGAUCCGAGUGAAGUUUGUGAAUGAUUUAGGUGUGGAUGAGGCUGGAAUUGACCAGGAUGGUGUGUUUAAAGAGUUCUUAGAAGAGAUCAUCAAGAAGGUUUUCAACCCAGCACUCAAUCUGUUUAAGACCACCAGUGGCAAUGAGAGAUUAUAUCCCUCCCCAACCUCCAGCAUCCAUGAGAACCACCUUCAGCUGUUUGAAUUUGUUGGAAAGAUGCUUGGAAAGGCCAUGUAUGAAGGCAUAGUGGUGGAUGUGCCGUUUGCCUCUUUUUUCCUCAGUCAAGUUCUAGGUCACCAUCACAGCACCUUCUACAGCUCCAUAGAUGAGCUUCCCUCUCUUGACUCAGAGUUCUACAAAAACCUCACCUCCAUUAAGCGUUAUGAUGGGGACGUCAGUGAUCUGGGUCUGUCUUUGUCCUAUGAUGAAGAUGUGAUGGGGCAGUUAGUCUGCCAUGAGCUAAUUCCUGGUGGAAAGACCAUGCCUGUCACUAAUGAAAACAAGAUCAGCUACAUUCACCUGAUGGCCCAUUUCCGCAUGCACACCCAGAUCAAGGAGCAGACUGCCGCAUUCAUCAGGGGCUUCCGCAGCAUCAUCAACCCAGAGUGGCUCCACAUGUUCUCCACCCCUGAGGUCCAGAGGCUUAUCUCUGGAGACAAUGCUGAGAUAGACCUGGAUGAUCUCAAGAAGCACACUGUGUACUAUGGAGGUUUCCAUAGCAGCCACAGAGUCAUUCUUUGGCUGUGGGACAUUCUCUCCAGUGACUUUACCCCUGAGGAGAGAGCCAUGUUCUUGAAGUUUGUCACCAGCUGUUCAAGACCUCCUCUGCUUGGUUUUGCCUACCUCAAACCCCCUUUCUCCAUCCGUUGUGUGGAAGUGUCAGAUGAUCAGGACACAGGCGACACUUUAGGUAGUGUUCUGCGUGGCUUUUUCACCAUUCGUAAGAAGGAACCAGGUGGUCGCCUCCCUACAUCCUCCACUUGUUUCAACCUGCUCAAGCUGCCCAACUACAGCAAGAAGAGCAUCCUCAGAGACAAACUCCGCUACGCAAUCAGCAUGAACACUGGCUUUGAGCUUUCAUAACCCACAAAGCACAUUUGUGUGCCGAUUUAUUCUACCAAUACGAACUCAUACAUUUACAAACGUGAACAUCAACAAAACGGGCAGUGGCUGAGCUAAAGUGGCCACACAAAGGUUGAAGUAGGAGACAUACUGAUUACUUGCUUUGCUGACAUUUUGGCCUUCAGUUAAGGCACUUAACCUUGAGUUACUCAAGGAGAAUUUUUUCAUCAAUUUGUUCUUGUCUUGUCCACCAAAUGGCAAGUGAAUGAAGAAACUUAAUAACUUUUAAAAUCGUGGAACUGAGCCAAUCGUGCCCAGUCAAACUUAGAGACUCUGAGGAGCUCAACCAUAGAAGUAUAUUAAAAAGUUUCAACAUUACCUAUAGAAUUGUUUUUGAACUACUUAAAGAUCCAUAUUUAUGGUCAUGUUUUUCAUUGUCAGCAUUUGAAGCCAAAAUAGCUCCAAACGCCUUAUACAAUCAGUUUCAAACCAGCUCAAUUUAAUGUUGUCAAGUCAGGAUCCUUCUGACCCCUACUUCAUGGACACCCGUGAAUCGGCUGAGAAGCUUGGCUCCAUUUGUGCAUCCAGAAUAACUUGUUAUAGGCUUGUUCUUUAUUGGCUUCAAAGCACUGUGUCCAUUUGUUGACAAACACUCCAAACCUCCUCUUAAAGUUACAGCAGAUACAGUGGUGGAUGUUCAGAUGUAAGAUCUGCAGAAACAGUUCAGCGUUGUGUCUCAGGUCUCUAUGUCUCACUCCCACAAGAAGGGAACAGGAAAGCAAUACUAAUGCAAUGCAAGCCAUGCAACUCAAGACACAAAUGAGGCUUUUGCCUGUUUGUACGGCAAAUGCUUUCAAAUCCAUAGCGCACUAAACUUCUGCUGGACUUGAGGACCGAGCUUUAAGAGGAAACCCAGCACGGUUGAUCAACUUUAGCAUGGUAGAGCCAGCAGUAUUUUAGAUGAGAGAUGUCCCUGCAGAGAUACACCUCUCCUUUCCUGCUUUCUCUUCACUUACACUACAGAGCCCUUUCCAGAAUGCAUCAUCAGCCUAAUGUCAUGGUGACAUUUCUUUUUGCUCAUUAUAUUAUACUCAUUAUUCUGCUCAUGCUUUUCAGCCCUAAUGCUGUCUUCAUGUCAAACUCAUCUAUUCAUUAAGAUCAAUUCCUUGUCUUGGGUUUCUUUUUUUUAAUUGAUGAAGGAAGGACAGACUAACCACUAAAAGGUAUUUUACUCCAUCUUGGAAGUAACCAAUCAUCACAUGACAAACCGCUCUCCCUAUAAUCUCCCACUACCACUCUGCUCCUCAUUGCGGUGUAUACUACUGGAAUUAAGCCAUACAGUAAAGAUGAGUAGCUAUCAAACCAGCUCUCGUAGGAACUUUUUUCUUAAAGGGAGAGUGUUGCAGUGACUUUCCUGAAAGGUCGGUGGGCUCAAUGGAAUCUCAUGAAAUGUUAUUCCAAAUGGACAAAAAAAAAUCUCCCAUUGCAUGAUGUCACUGGAUGAUUCCAUGUCCGUGUCACAGAGGUCAUAGUCUGAGGCUGAUAUUGUGUUUGUUCUUUUUCUUUUGUUAUAAAGAAGGUUAGGGUUAAUCUGUUUAGAAAUUUCUGGGUUGUUUUCCCCCCAAAAUUAAAGGAAAAACAUUGAGAAAAUAUGUUUUGCAAAAAGGAAGUGAAGCCUACUUUUAGGUCCAUUAAGAUUUAAAUUGACCAUCAAGAAAACAUCAUGGUAGUAUUUAUUCAUGGAUGUUAUUUUAAACUAAAAUUAUUACUAUUUUGUUUAAUCAUUAUAUCCGGGCAAUAUUUUGGUAUGUGCUGCUUUAUUUUUUUAUUUUUUUUUUGUAUUUUGUUCCUGAAUCAAGCUUCAUUUUGUUAAUGAUUCUUUUGAUUUUGCGGUGAAUUAUGACCUAGACAUUUCUUCAUGAGAUUCACUCUUGGUUUCAGGUCUCUAAAAAGCAGAAAUCGGCUGUAGUUAUUCUGGAAUGUUUAUUGUAUGCAAACCCUAUUUCCCUUAGUAUGUUAUAUAUGCAAAAUUAUAGAGUUAAACAUUAUCUAUCAGCCCACCCUCCCCCAGCUCUCCAUAAAUCAAGGCAUGAAAGUAUCCUCUAAUGAAUAGAAGCCUUUGUAGAUGUGGAAAACUGGUUUUAAGCUCAUGUAACUUUUUUGUAUGCAUUGCUGUUAAUGUUAAGUUAUAAAUGUAUUGUCCUAAUGCACAAGGGCUUGGGCUGAGUCAAAUAGCAGAGUUUUGUAUUUAAAUUAACUGGCAUUAACAUGCUAUACCCUUUGGAAGAUGUUUAAGUGCUCUGGUUGGUGUUGUGGAUGAGGAAUCGUUUGGCAUAAUGCUGUGAAUGCAAAAAAUAUUCACAUUAUUGAAGAGUCUUUAUGGACCGUGUAUGGAAGCGACUGAAUUUCAUGAUGUCACAGAAUCUUGCUCUCUCUCUGAUAGGGAUGCAACAACCUUUAAAGUGUCUGGUCUUUAUUCUUUUGCCUGAUAAUGAAGUGUCUUUUGAAUUUGGUUGCACUACAUGAACUGCAGGUUGUUAUAUACACAGUAUAUUACAAAAGCAAUGGCAUUGUAAAGUUCUCCAUGUGUACAGUAAUAUUUCCUCUGUAAAAUGUAAACUUAAUUGUCGAACAAACAUAUAAACAUUUGAAUAUCCAAAUGUAAAAUCUUUACUUAACAACAAUGAAUGUG